AGAGGCAGCUCGGUUCUAUAGAGAGGAUUUCAUCCGCAUAGCUUUAGGCUUUGGGACUCUCGUUUCUCUCGUUUUCUCUCGUUUUUCUUCUUGUUCUUCCUGGUAAACUUCGCAUCCCAGCUGGAGGACAUGGCUUGUUUCUUGGUUUGGAUUAACGCAAUCUGGAUGUUACUGUUUUCCACGUUCGACGCGGCUUGUUCCAGCUACUCGGAGGACCAGUGCAGCUGGAGAGGCAGUGGUCUGUCCCAGCAGCCGGGCAGCGUGGAGCAGAUCUCCCUCCACUGCUCUGAGGGCACCCUGGACUGGCUGUAUCCCAAAGGUGCCCUGCGCCUCACGCUGUCGCCCCGCCUGCCCUCGGUGGCGGUGGGGCCCAGCGGCAGCAGCUCGGGCCUCAUCACGGCCUGCGUCAAGCCUUCCGAGCAGUUCCACGGCGCCCAGCUCUACCUGGAGCGGGACGGCGUCCUGGAGCUCCUGAUCGGGGACCGCCUGGAGUCCUCCCCCCCGCCCAGGGUUCGCUGCUUCAGCCGCCUGCCCGGGGAAAAGGUGGCUCUCUUCCUGCAAGCGACACCUCACCAGGACAUCAGCAGGAGGAUCGCCUCCUUCCGGUACGAGCUGAGGGGGGACUGGACCGCUCGCCUGUCCCUGGACUCCAACCCCAUCAGCAGUGAAGAGGCCUGCAGACCCUGCAACAACACAGAGAUUCUGAUGGCGGUUUGCACUAGUGACUUCGUUGUGCGAGGUAACAUCCGAUCGGUGGUGGAGGACGACACCCUGAGGGCGGCGGUGAUCAAGGUCAGCGCCACCCGGGUGUUCCGUCAGAAGUACGCUCUGUUCACCGGCAGCGGCCGCCUGACCCGGCGGGGGGAGGUCCGGACUCUGCUGCAGUGCGGCGUCAAGCCGGGGCCCGGCAGCUUCCUCUUCACCGGCCGGGUCCACUUCGGGGAGGCCUGGCUGGGCUGCGCGCCGCGCUACAAGGACUUCCAGCAGGCGUACACCGUGGCCAAAGCGGCGCAGCAGAUCCCCUGCGAGCUGCCCGUCGACUGAGUCGGGAAACUCGGCGGCAGCUCGUCUACGACCAAUCAGAGCGGAGGCCCACCGAGAGCCGGGCCACGCCCUGCUCCACGCCUCCGAAGAAGCCAUGGCGUCCAACCGGGGGGCGGUGGCUGCCACCAACGACCUCCCGAAGGCCUGAGGAGUGAAAUGGACUCCUCCCCCCAACACCAUUUCAGUGCAAUACGCAGUCACCGAGUCCGAAAGAACCCGUUGGAGUUGUGACAUGAGGGGCGUGGCUUAAAUGAAGACAAUGAACCAUUUGGCAUCAGACCGUUGUUAUGCAGGUUCAGAGUAAAUCUAUUGAAAAGCUUUCCUUUCAGGAUAAAUGAAGUCACGUCAUCACACUGUGGCCUGUUGAGAGCCACUGCUUUGAAACUCAGGAACGUUUUUUAAAAGUUCUCUGGAAAGCUCUCUGUGUCCCAGGGAGGAUCAACGGAGGCACCUCUCUGUUCAGCUCAUGGGAACGUCUUUGUUUUUGCUGGCUACCCCCGUGUUCUGAGCUCAUCCUCAGUGUUACUAUUAUUUUAAGAGAUUAUUAACAAAAAGUCCUUACAAAAUGAAAUGUUAAAAAAAAAAGAGGUAUAUUUGCACUGAUAACGGAAAGGGAAUGAUCUGGAAAAGGUGAUGCUGCGAGCACUGGAAACCAAAUAAAAAGCAACUAUAUGUAGCAUAGCGGAGCAAUUAAUAAUUUACUAUAUGUCCAGGUAACGUGUGACACGAGGCUCCCGAGCGGCGAGGAGCACUUCGACACGCGAGCCGCUCGGAGGCUUUCCAGCUCACCUGAGCCGCCGUGACGUGUUUCUGCAAGACUGAACUAAUUGGACUGCAUUUGAUUGAACAAGAAAAUAAUGAUCUGACGAUAUGUGGGAGUGGAAUUGCAGCGUGUUGCCAAAGCGGUGAUGAGUUGUAUCUCUGCUCCCUGCUGACGUCGUCACAUGUUAUCACGCGAGGUCUUCCACUGUGUGUCACCACUGCUCAUCAAACUGUCGACAGCAGUCAUGAUGACAUCACGAGUCCAGUGCUGUGUGAGAUGGACAACGGGGGGGGAUAAAGAAACCCUCUCCCCAGCUGUUGGUGGGUUACACUGGGCGACGGCUCGGCUCAAGGGAAACGCAGAGAUAUGCAUUCAGUGAAUUAUUCAUAUUUAAUGUGCACUAUACCAACAAGGGGGAGGUGUUCAUACCAAAUCACCGUAAUAUGCUGAAGUAUCUGAUCUUGAAGUAUAUCUUAAAUGUAUGAUUUUUGCCAUUUAUUUUGUAUGUACAUUUAUGUUAAUAACAAUGGGAAUGUAAAUAUGUUGAUAAGAAAUUCUAGAAACCAUGGCAUAAAAAGAAGUCUUGUAUUAUGGAUUAUAUUUGUGUUUGUCUGUGUUAUUAAAAUAUACUGU